CUUGUCUGCAUAAAAUUUCUCCCCUUUGAGCUAUGUUGGCUGGCUCCUUGGUCUACUCUAAGUCAAAAGACUGGACAUGGUAGCUAUUUCUUCCCGGGUGAGUGCAGUGGAUUCUCUCGCCCGGUGGCGCCUGUCUUUCAGUGUAAAUUCUGUGCCAAUUAUGGAAGGUAUGAAAUAGAUUUCCUGAGCCACAUGAAUAACAAUGAACCAGCCCCUCUGAUUAUUUCAUCUCAUAAGGCCAUGAAAUAGCUAGAAGGGGUUGACUAGAUCCUUAAAGACAGAACUGGAAAUUAGAAAAAUAACAAGCAUACUAUCCAAUUUUAAAUAAAAAGAGAAAAUCCAGGGAUAGCUGCUCCAUGAUUCAGUGCUGAAAUUAGCUGUUCAGUAACACUGGGAAGCCUCUUGUUGGAGGAGGUUAAAUGGAAUGUUCACAUUUAAAGAGGCUGGAGAAACAGUUGCCCUCUGGAAUCUUCCAAUGGAGAAGACCCGUAGGAGGGAAAUGGUGGUUGAUCGGUGGUGAGUUCAUCCCUGGCUUGCGUCUUGGCUAUUGUGCCCUUCACAAGGUUCAUCCAGAACAACUGAGAAGAGGAAGGGUCCAAAGCUCUUGAGAUGUCCCCUCUUUUCCUGGUGUCCUCUCUGUUUUAGCUCUCUUCGUUAAAUAAAGAUGGCCACAGAGCCAGAAAGCGGACUUACCUAAAGAAUCUUGAUGGCUCAAGCAAGUGAUGGUAACAGCCAUUGUUUUUUGGGGCAUCGAUGAACUGAAGUAAGCUCUCACAAAAUUAACAGACUCACAGAAAACAAACAAACCCUUGACUUUUUUCCAUUGAACGUCCACAUCAAUCUCAGCUCCAAGCUAAGCAUGUGUGAAACACAAUACAACUGAAUCAUGAGAAGUGCAGGUAGAUGUCUUGGGUGCUGUUUUUUCCUCCCAUUGGCAACCUGCAUUGUGUUGGUGGUCUUUACCCUUUCCACCGUCCAUUGCAGCUCAUUGCUUCCUCCAGCGUAUCCCUCCUAUGAGGUGAUAAUCCCAAAACGGUUAGCAGCCCAAGGAGUGAAGACAAAGAAGGAUGAAAUAUCUUACAUCAUCAAGGCAGCAGCAAGGAAUUACAUCAUCCGGCUCAAACCCUCAAAUCAUUUGCUAGCUAAAAACUUCCCAAUCUUCACAUAUAAUUCGAAGGGGGAACGCGUUGAGAGCCAUCCCAACAUGCCAACUGAAUGCUACUAUCAAGGUUACAUUGAAGGUAUUGUUGAUUCACUUGCGGUUCUUAGGACCUGCCUUGGUCUCACUGGUUUGUUGAAAAUUGGGGCAAGAGUGUACGGUAUUGAGCCUCUGCAGAAUUCCCCUGCCUUUCAACACCUUCUCUACCCCUCCGAAGAAUCACAGCCUAUUUUCUCAUCGUACAAAAUGGGAAUGGGAAGAACAAAGCACCAGGCAAAAAAUCUGCAGAACAGACAAACCAGAGCGAUGUACAAUUAUCUCCAGUAUGAAGAUUUCCCCAAAUAUAUUGAACUGUAUAUUGUAGUGGACAAAAACGUAUUUGCCCAAGAAGCAAAUAAUGUUAGCAGAGUGCAAACUGUAGUGUUGGAUCUGGUGAACAUUGCAGAUGCCACCUUUGAGGCUCUCAAGACAAACAUUGUUCUAGUUGGACUUGAGAUCUGGACUGAAAAGAACUUAAUAGAUAUUUCUACAGAUAUCACAGAUGUUCUUCAAAGAUUCAAUAAGUGGAGAAUAACCAGCAUGGUCAACAGGACAGUGUAUGACACAGCCUUCUUGUUCCUUCAACAGACUUUUAAAAAUGUCUUCGGAAAGUCCUAUCACUCUGCUAUUUGUGAGCCCCCUUUUUCAGCAGGAGUCCAAGUCUACUUCCAGAACGAGUCGGCCCGCUUCGCAAGGGGAUUUUCUCAUGAGUUGGCCUCUCAUAUUGGAUUGGAUCACGACGGCUCCCAGUGUGUCUGUGGCACGUCUGAAAGCUGCAUUAUGCACACGUACCACGCCUCUGUUAACCGGUUCAGUAACUGCAGCAUUCUGAAUUUCUUAGAACUUCACCAACAGGGCCUCUUGGAUUGCUUGCUAAAUGUUCCUAAGAUACAUUCCAGAUUUCAGCAUUGUGGGAACGGGGUUCUGGAUAUGGACGAAGAGUGUGAUUGUGGGGGAGCAGCCACGUGCACACAUGAUCCUUGCUGCAGUUCUGAUUGUCGUUUGAAGAAAAAUGUCUUUUGUGGGGCAGGACAGUGUUGCCGAAAAUGUAUGUUUGUUCCCAAAGGAGAAGUCUGCCGGGCUAAAGUCAGCGAAUGUGAUCUCCCUGAAUACUGCAAUGGUAAAUCUGCACAGUGCCCCAAGGACUUGUAUGUGCAGGACGGAACACCCUGUGGCAAAUAUUCUUCUUACUGUUACAAAAAGAGGUGCUGGAAUCACGAUUUCUUGUGCCACAGAAUCUUUAAAGGACAAUCUAAAACGGCUCCGGAGAGUUGCUACCUCGGUCUGAACACCCUCGGAACUCCCUAUGGCAACUGUGGCAAUGAUCCUUCCAGGAAGGAAUAUUUGAAAUGCCAUCCCAAGGACAGUAUGUGUGGGAGAAUACACUGUGUAAAUGUGAAAUCUGUGCCUGACCUGAACGAUAUGGUGGUCCAUAAGAAUUUAGUGCGGGGAACGCUCUGCUGGAGCGUUUCGCAUCCUGGCGAAAUCCAUCACCAGGACAUUGGGACUGUUCCUAAUGGCAUCGUGUGUGACCCAUACAAAGUGUGCAUCAAUCGCACCUGCACCUCCAAAGCCCUACUUAAUUUGAGCUGCGACCCACGGAAAACCUGCCAAAGCAGAGGUGUUUGCAACAACCUUCACAAAUGCCACUGUAACAGUGGAUGGGCCCCUCCGAACUGCAAUCAUUGGGGUGCUGGAGGGAGCAUUGAUGGGGGGUUUCCUGUGGUCUCCUGGGGCAACUCCUUGGCCAAGUACGUUCUGGGAACUGUUAUUCCUUUUUCCAUGUUAAUUAUCGCUGCUAUUCUUGUGGUCCUUCCGAAAGUGCGGGAACUCCUGGGACCGGUUUUCAGGUGGUGGAAAACUUCCACGAAGAAAGCACUGAAUCACCCCCCAAAAACAGACACCCAGGUAAGGCUGCCAGUUGGGGCUCCCUAGAAGGCCCACGGAAAUUCGCUCCAAAAACUAUCUUCUGUAAUUUCUUGCAACAUCUAAUAAUCAUAAAGUCAGCAGUGGGUCAUUGUUCAAAUAAUACUCAGAACUUUCCAAGAUGGAAAAGAGCACUGAGAGCAAAAACUGAAUGGCUGUGCUAAGAUAGUCUGGGUCGCUGCAAAACAUCAAAUCGAAUGCCAUACUCUCCACUAUUGGGAAAGGGAAAGGGGGUGAGGGCAAGGAUUAAAAUUCAAACUUGUGAAUUUGCCAGCUAAACAAUGUCUCUUCUUAAACGUCUCAGAAUGUCAGGAAGUGCAGGAGGCAGGAAUUUAUUCCCUACGAUUCCAGAGUUUUGUGAAGAACAGAUUGUCUGUUCUUGGUUAGGAAAGGAAUAAGACGGGCUCCAGCAAAAUUCCCAUUCCUCAGGUGCCGCUAAUCAUGCUGGCUAAGAUCAUCUAUUCAGCGUAGUCAUCUCUGCAUUGAGGGUGAAGGGAUCUUAGGGUGGAUUGAAAAGGAUUCCUGGGACACCUUGAAAAAGGAAAAUAAAAUUGUGCAGCUGAGCUUUUUCAGUUUUGACGGGGGUUUUAGGGUGGGGGGAUUUUUGGAAGCC